AUGAUGCCAACUAUUGCUACUCUAAACAACGCAGAGCCCCAGGCCUCGCAGGAAUCUGUCCAGUCUGCUGUGUCUAGUACCUUCUCGGCACCGGCACUUCCUUCCUCGUCGAGCAACCUCUCCACGGCCACCACUACCGAGACCGACCUCACGACCCCGUCCUCGACCAAUGUAGCAGACCAAAGUAAACCUACCGAGGCCCCAAUGCCGGAAUCGUCAAGUCAAAGUACUGGUGGGCAGGUGCGAGCGGCGCCACGCAUCGACACCGCUGCUGCCAACGCGCUCCAGACCGGUGACACAGCAGCUGGUCCCAUGCCACUAGAGUCUCCAGCAAAGAGCUCCAAGAGGACUGUAGACGGAUCUCUCAAGAGCGCUGGGCUAGCGCCUGAAACUCCAUCGGCGCCCGCCCAUUCACACAAGAGGAACAAGAGCAUGGACACACACUCAGGUCGCAUUGGAGAGCUAUCCGCACAGCUCAAGACGCGUCUUUCCUACGCCAUGGUCAAAGUCCAGAACGGCUGGGAGAAGCAGUCGCUCGACGAGCUGGAAGAAAGCCAGUCACAGCGUGGUACCCGCCCUGCUAUGAACGCCGCGGCAAACCUCAUAUCCAUCACUGGCGCACAACACGGCUAUGGCCUCGCACCGGCCCCAACCUUCCAGAGUGGGCGAAGACGACGCUCCAGCGUCUCACACGUACCUCCUCCGCUUCUCGGCGCCAGCCAAAGGAAACACUACAGUGAUGUUGGUGCAGGUCCACGAUCACCAGCCACUCCUCGAGCAGGCAUCCUUCGCAUGCCCAGCCAACAAGCCGAGAAGGACGCCGUCGACACACUCCUCUUCAUGAGCAGCCCCAACAACUCACAGCGCUUCCCAGCCGGCGGUCAACCAGCACCAAGUCCACUCAGAGCCGAGGCACCUCAACGACGCGUCAUGUUCGAAGCAUACCCACCACAAGACAAACGCGCCAUCUACCAGCCAUCGAUGCCCGCACCGCCCCACCACCACCAACACGGACCGUACCCCGCGUAUCCAGCGAGAUAA